AAAAAAUAUUUGUCAAGAUCAUGGGGUUUGCUAUUGCCAGGCGUUGAUCGCCCAUCUAACAAGGUAAUUGCACAUAAGUUUGUAGGCCUACAUGCGGAUGUGUAUAUUAUGGAUUAAUAUGGCAUUGCCAUAGAGAAGAACGUUGUAACUCGAUCUAUGAAGGGCGGAAAGAAGAUCAGUUAAAUGUGUUUUAAAUUAAGAUGGCUUAUUGUAAGACUUCAGACUUAUGUAGCCCAGACCUAACACGUUUGAGUAUUCAAUAUGUAGCCUAUUGUUUGUCCAUAAAAAUGUGCAUAACUCCCCUUUUAAUUUUGUUUGUAAAAAAAAAAAAGGUUUUAUGUCAACACUAUGUUAUUGCACUUGAUUGGCUUUGCUAUGCACCAACGGUGUUUCUAUGGGAGCUGAAUAUACGAGUUAUGCACCAACAGUGUUUCUAUGCGAGCUGAAUAUACGAGUGUUAUUUAGCAAGAGCUGUCUGUGCAUUUAACCUGGAAAGAGGAGCGGCCUUUCCCUCAUUGUAAUGUAGGCUAGGGCAAGCAGACAACUGUUUUUCAAGAAUACGCAAUUAGUCCGUCCGCCGUAGGCUAUUGGAAUUCGAAAAUUAAUAGGCCUACUUAGCACCACUCAAGUCGAUUUUGGAUGUUGUGCGCCCUGCGCGCACACAUCAUUACGAAUAGGCCUCGAAAAAAUUGUCAGGCCUAUCACACAGAACUACAUAAAAAAUAGGCCGGAAAGGAUAACACUUACAAUGUUUACAAAAAUUGGAGUAAAACAAAACAUUGGAGUAAAACAACCCACUGGACACACACUGGUGAAUCAACGUUGUUUCCACGUCUGUGCCCAGUUGGAAGCUUACAACAGUUUAACUAAGCUCAUGGGGCAUAUACUGUAUGACAGGGUUCUUCAAUUCCGGUCCUGGAGGGCCGAAACACCUCUGUUUUUCAUCCUCUCCUUCUAAUCAGGGGCUAAUUCAGACCUGGGACACCAGGUGAGUGCAAUUAACUACCAGGUAGAAAUAAAAAACAGAAGUGUUUCGCCCCUCCAGGACCGGAAUUGAAGAACCCUGCUGUAUGAGUUAUAUUCUUAAAGAAUGAAUGGGUAUAUAGGCGAUCAUUAAUGGAUGUACUGUAGAUACUAAGGAUUCUAGAUUUAAGCUAGGCUACUUGAUUAUAGGUUGAUUAUAGGCCAUUUACUAUUCGUCAACGAUUUUUUUUUUUUUUUUUUUUACAUAGAUUCUGUGAGAUAUGGAAGCGAUAUGGCUGUACCAGUUUCGACUCAUCGUCAUUGGGGACUCGACAGUAGGAAAGUCGUGCCUGAUCCGGCGAUUCACCGAGGGACGCUUUGCGCAGGUGUCCGACCCCACAGUCGGUGUAGACUUCUUCUCACGGCUAGUGGAGAUAGAGCCAGGGAAACGCAUUAAACUUCAAAUCUGGGACACUGCUGGACAAGAGCGAUUCAGGUGUUGUUUUUAGAUUCUAUUUUCCUUUUAUAAUCUUCCAUUGUAAAGACGAAAUAAUUUGUCUUAAUUAAAACACGUUUUUUUGAUAGUCAUCUGUAAAUAUAAUUAUUAUAACAAUAUGCAAUUUUAUCUCUAUAUUAUUAAUCACAUACCCUUUCGCUUUCUUGAUGUUGAACCUCACCACUUCUCUGUCACAUCCUCUGUUUUUUCCUUUCCCUGCUUCUCAAUACUUAUAUUUACAAUUUCUCUCAAUUCUGUCUGUCUUCUCUGCUUACCCCCUUCAACCCUCUCUAGGUCUAUUACCAGGGCUUACUACCGUAACUCUGUUGGGGGGCUGCUGCUGUUUGACAUCACCAACCGUCGCUCCUUCCAGAAUGUGCAUGAGUGGCUGGAGGAGGCCCGCAGUCAUGUCCAGCCUCACAGUAUCGUCUUCCUGUUGGUGGGUCACAAGUGCGACCUGGAGUCCCAGAGGCAGGUGAGCCAGCAGGAGGCUGAGAAGCUGGCAGGUGCCUAUGGCAUGCGUUACGUGGAGACAUCGGCUCGCGAUGCCAUCAACGUGGAAAAGGCCUUCACUGAGCUAACGCAGGACAUAUUUGAGCUCGUGAAGAGCGGUGACAUCAACAUCCAGGAGGGCUGGGAAGGGGUGAAGAGUGGCUUUGUGCCCAAUGUGGUGCACUCCUCAGAAGAGGUCACCAAGAGUGACCGCCGGUGCCUCUGCUGAAUGUGCUGUCUGUCUAGUUGGCUUUACCCCUCCCAGCCCAUGUAUUCCUGUAACAUUAUGACCCACUAGCUCCCCGUCUUGUCACCUGGCAUUUAUUUGGCUCUCUCACUCCUAUCCUGAAUACUGGAAGGCCAUAUCUGCUCUAGUCUAUCACUGAAUAAUACAUGGUUAAAGCUAUUUGGGUCGUUCCAUGAAAAGAGGGCCUUUUGUGUCCCUUUGAUAUAUUAAGUAGAAAUGGUGCACCAAUAUA